CAGCAGCAGCAGGAGGAGGAGGAGGAGGAGGCAGGCAGGGGCUUGGCCAGAGACCCCCGCCGCCAAUGAGGGGGAAGGAGUGGAGGAGGAGGAGGAGGCUCCAGCAGCCCAGGGAAGAAGGAGCGCCAGAGGCGUCGCCGCUUUCGGAAGAGGAGGACACAGAAGGCGCGGCCUCCUCCGGGAACCUCACCUCCCUUCAGACAGAUAGUGGCUGGAUGUUGUUUUUUUUAAAUCAGCAUUUUAUGUGUGACAAGAAGUGAUGGAAGCUACAGAUAUGACUGAAGAAAAGCUUUGUUUGAAGGAACAGUUUUAAUAGUUACUGUAUGCAGGUUGUUGAAUGUCACAACUUUCUUUUUUCAUCAAGGAUUUGAAUGUUGAUGAAGCAAAUGGGUAAUCUUUAGAGCCCUAAGCCAAACAUACAAGGAAUACACUGUUGUUGUUUCCAUACCACAAAGAACACAAAAAGCAGAAAGUAAUAAAAGCAGGACUCAAGUUCUUAUCACAAAGAGCUUAGAAAUGACAUUCAGCCAGGAAAAGUCUAAUGGAGGUUGAAGUGAGAAAUUAUGAUUGCAACUGGGGGAGUCAUAACAGGACUGGCUGCCUUAAAGCGGCAGGACUCUGCCAGAUCCCAGCAUCAUCUGAACCUGACAUCAUCACCAGCUGCUGAAGAGCAAAAGCCAGUGAAGCGUCGCCCUCGGGCAGAUGUUGUUGUGGUCCGUGGCAAAAUUCGACUGUAUUCCCCAUCAGGAUUCUUCCUUGUUCUAGGAGUGCUCAUUUCAUUCCUAGGGAUUGGUAUGGCCAUUCUUGGGUAUUGGCCCCAAAAAGAUCUUCUUCUUGCAUCUGAAGAUGGCUUGUCACUCAAUGAGACCCAAGGCAUAGAAAAAGAAAAUGGCAUUAUAAUUCGUUUCCUUGAACAGCAUUUACAUUCUGAUAAGAUGAAAAUGUUGGGGCCUUUCACUAUGGGCAUUGGAAUCUUUAUCUUUAUUUGUGCAAAUGCAAUGCUCCAUGAAAAUCGUGACAAAGAGACAAAGAUCAUACACAUGAGAGACAUCUAUUCCACUGUCAUUGACAUACAUACUCUGAGGAUCAAUGAACAAAAGCAGCUGAAUGGUGCCUACACUGGCUUCGUGGGAGAGAAUGAACCUAAGCACAGUGGAAGUUCUUGUGCAUCGCGCCUAGCUGCAAAUACAAUUGCACCUUUCUCAGGCUUUGCAAGCAACUUACAUGUGGAUUGCAGUGUUGAAGAGGAUGACAUAUCUGUAAACGAUAGCAAACAUUCCACUAGUCUUUUUCCACCUUUGCUGACUGAGCGCUCUGGUUCAGUCUUUGGCCUUUACCCUCACUCUGGGAAAGCAAAGGAUGACAGAAGUAGCGGCUCUCUAAAAUGUGAAACAAAAUCAAUUGUCUCAUCCUCCAUUAAUGCUUUCACAUUACCUGUAAUUAAACUAAAUAACUGUGUUAUUGAUGAGCCAAGUAUAGACAACAUCACGGAAGAUUCUGUGAGUACUAGGGGUAGGCCUAAAAAUUUGUCCAUGGAUUCUUUAGCUGUCCCAUUGACUGAUGCCAAUGACAGCUACAAACCUGCUGGUGCACUGAUACCAAGAAAUAAUUUAUAUGGAGAUUCUACAUCCAAUCAGUUCAAAUCAUCUAUGACUCUAGGACCCAUUGCUGGAAAGCUUUUAUCACCUGGUGCAGCCAGAAAACAGUUUGGGUCUAACACCUCAUUGCAUCUUUUGUCUGCACAUUCAAAAUCCCUAGAUUUAGAUAGGGGCCCUUCUACUCUCACUGUACAAGUUGAACAAAGAAAACAUCCAAGUUGGCCAAGACUAGACCGUAGCAAUAGUAAAGGUUAUAUGAAACUAGAAAACAAAGAAGACCCAAUGGACAGGCUCCUUGUGCCAUCUGCCACAGUCAAAAAGGAUUUUACUAAUAAAGAAAAGCUUCUUAUGAUUUCCAGAUCUCAUAAUAAUUUGAGCUUUGAACAUGAUGAGUUUUUGAGUAACAAUCUAAAGCGUGGAACCUCUGAGACAAGGUUUUAACAGUUAGGUGACUACAGUCAAUGUAUUUGCCAGUUUUUUUUUUUUUUUUAAUCAAAAUGAAAUCAUUUUGACAUAAUUUUAGCCAGGUGUCCUUUGUUUAUGUUUCUUGCUUUGUUUCCAAUAUAAGUCUGUUUUUUAAAAACACCAAAUAUUUCCAUCAGAUGAAAAUUGAUUUGUGUUAGCAAUGGUUAUUUUUCACCUUUGCCAACUGUUUAAUGUCAAGAAGCUUGUUCACCAAAACACUGUAUGGGCAGAAUGCUGAUUGGAUGGUGUUUGUGCUAGAUGGGAACAGGAUGGUGGAUUGAGAAUGGACUUCUUAAUUUACAACUGCAAUACUGUGCAUUAUCAUUGCUUGGCAUAUUUAGGUGCCUCACAUCAAUUUCUUACCAGCCAUUGCUCUUUUGUUUCUAUAUAAGCAUGCUGUCUUUCAUUGCUAAGAGUAAAGAGCUGACUGAAUAAAGAUGAAAAUUCAAAUCCAUCAGUAAUGGCCACAUUUUAACAUUGGUGUAUUUAAGUAUUUAACUAAAGAUGAAGAUGAAUGCAGAGUUUGUAGUAGAGCCAAAUUUAGCCCCUAGGUUGAAGCAGCUGUUUGGCUGUUUUUCAUUUUGAAAGAAAGAUCCACUCUUCUAUUU